AUGGCUUGUUUUGCUUUCGUUCUCUUCAGGAGGAUAUCAUAUCCUGCCUUCUUGUACAUGUUCCUCAUGUCCCUCCGUACAUUUUAUUUUUUCAUAAAAGAUGGGAUAGUUAGCACCUUGGACACUGGUCAAGUGGUUCACAGGGUUUGGAUGGUGCUCGUUUUGGCCCUGGGGGAUUUGCACAUACCCCACAGGGCACCUGAUCUUCCUGCAAAGUUCAAAUCCAUGCUUGUCCCUGGCAAGAUCCAGCACAUAAUAUGUACUGGAAAUUUAUGUGUUAAAGAAAUUCAUGACUACUUAAAGACUCUUUGUCCAGAUUUGCAUAUAACACGCGGUGAGUAUGACGAAGAGACGAAAUAUCCGGAGACCAAGACACUAACCAUUGGCCAAUUUAAGCUCGGACUAUGCCAUGGUCAUCAGGUUAUUCCAUGGGGAGACCUAGACUCACUGGCAAUGCUACAGAGGCAGCUUGAUGUGGACAUCCUUGUCACAGGUCACACCCAUCAAUUUACAGCUUACAAACACGAGGGAGGUGUGGUUAUAAAUCCAGGUUCUGCAACAGGUGCCUACAGCAGUAUCACAUAUGACGUCAACCCAAGUUUUGUCCUUAUGGACAUCGAUGGUCUGCGAGUUGUGGUUUAUGUGUAUGAACUUAUUGAUGGAGAGGUUAAGGUUGAUAAGAUUGAUUUUAAGAAAACAUCUACAGGCCACUCUGCCCAUUAA